CUCCUGACAUAAUACAAUGGACAGCAAAUUUCAGCAAGGCCCACAGUGGGGGAAGCAUGGCUUUGGGGAGCCCUGGUUAGAUUCAUGCCUUGAGGAGACACUUCUUCCAGGAAAAGUGUGGCAUAAGGUGUAUGAUAAGCUUGGCCCAGCCUUUGCCCGGGAAGUUGAGAGACAACUGAAGCAACCCGAACACAGUCAUUUCAUUUUCAGUGUCCUUGGAGAACACUUUGUUUGGAAGUAUUUCAGAGAAUCCCCCCAGUGGCCUAGUCCCAUGUCUUAUUCCGAGUUGAGUGAUACUGAGAGACAAUCACUAGAAGGUGCGACCCAUGCCCUUUUGGAGAAGCUUUUGGAGAAAGCAGCUGCUGAGGUUCAUUGCCAAAUAAGAAUAGAUGGUGACUAUUCAGGAUCUUCUAAGGAAAUGGAGGAUUUUGUCCAUGACACCUACAAUUUAGUGGCUACACAGCUUAUGCAUUUGCUAAUCAGAGAAGAGGUAGAGCAACAUGUCAGUGAAGAUAUGGAAUCAGAAUGGUAUGCUCAGGCUCAGCUCUUUUCAUCAAGAAGGCGAGAAAAUUCAGUGGAUAGUAAAGACCUUCAUUUGACAACAAGACGGGGAUCUGCUUAUCAGUUAAAACCAAGAGGUGAAGGCCUCCACCUUGCUGACCAAAAGACACCUCCUCUUAUCAGUACUGAGUCGGAAGUGCUGGGAGCCUCAGCAGCCACCAUCCUAGCUGUUCAUCCUGAGCUGAUGACCACAGUGUGCGAGAGGCUGAAAGGAAAACUGUUGCCAACUGCCCUUCGAAGCUCCAUCUGGCUUGAUAAACUGCUGAAGGCAGACAAAAUAUUAAAUAAACCUAACAGCUUGCAGAAUCUUGAAAAAGCAUCCAGAGAAAAAUUUGGUCGAGCAGUGGAACGCAGAGUUGGGGAAUUAAAACUGAGAAGUGCUACACGCUCACCUAUUUCUGGCUUAAUUGAAAAUGCAGUGGUUGAGAAAUAUGAAAGGAUGCCCUGCAUGCAGGCCUUUGCUACCAAUGAACAGAUGAUUGCUGAAGCGAGCAAAGCACUGAAUAUCCUGUAUGUGCACAGUGGCGUGUAUGAGCCUUAUCUUGUCCUGUGGCUAUUUCCACUGCAGAUUGCUUUUAAGCAGACAUACGUGAGAGCUGAACACUGCUAUGAGCUGGCGAUGUACUUGCAUUUUCUAAUUCACAAGUUUCCAUCCUGGCCUAAAAUCUUAGGCUUGGCUGAGAAAGUCAUGAAGCGUAUACAGGAAGAGGACUCAGAUUUAUAUGCACACCUCCAGGCCUGUUCCAUGAAACAAACUGAAUCUAGCUCCAAGGACUUCUUAGCUGAGCUUAUUGCUCAUGAAAGAGAACAGGCUUUUGAAAUGUUGGAUGUUCCAGCCAAGAUGGACAGACAACACAUUAUCAACAGUGAGCUGCUGGCAAAUCCUGUUAUAUUUCUUCGAAAGUGGAUGAGUGAGGGUUUUAUCAGUGCACUUGACCUGCCUGCUGUGUUGUUGAUUUGGGACCAGUUUUUCAUGGAGGACUUGGACUGCCAAGUGAUGGAAGACUUCUCUCUUGCAAUAUUGAUGCUGCUUAAGGAUCCACUGAUGGCAACGUAUGACUAUCAGUCAUUAAGACAGGUAUUUUUGGACCAACCCUGCCAUCUAUUUACAGAAGACAUUCGGAAAUCCUGGGUUCACUUACAACAAGGAGGGCUACCGGCUGAUAUUCCGUGGUUUAACCAGUCAAAUAUAAGGUUCCUUCAGGGGACAUCAUCAAGUCCAAGACAAAGAGAUCCAGUGCAUCCAGGUCCUAAUGUUCAGGUCAAUUCAUACAACUCAAAUGAGGAACUCCCCAAUAAACAGCCUGGAGGUGAGCUUGUAUCCAAUGUAACUGCUUUAGAUGUGUAUAUUGAUGCAUUGCAGUACAUUCCAGACAAUGCCACCAUAAUAAAGGUAACAGGUCGUUUCAUUCAAGCAGGAAUAGAUAUUCCAGAUAUGCUGGCUCUUCCAGAGCUCCAUUCUCCAGCAAGAAGCCCACAAUUCCUAUAUCGCAUGACUACAAUGGAGGAAAAGAAGCUGGACCCUAAAGCACUGCUCUUGCUGACAGUGUACACUGUUGAUGCAGAAUCCGGAGGACUUAGUGGUAUAGGGAGCUGCUUUGUCCAUCUGUUUGAUGAACAUGGUCACUUAAAUGUGGGAGGAUUUCAACUCAGAUUAAGAGGAGGAGUGCAAUCAAAAGAAGUCACCCUCACUGAAUCAUCACUCAGCCGCUACCCCCGUAGUUCCUUGUUGCUCACUUUUAAUCCGAAUUUUACCUCACACCCUAGAUAUUGUUCAGCCUCCGGAGAAUCAGAGUACAUUUUACCAAAUGUUUGGGCCAAAACUCAAUAAAUCAGAAUCGGAUAUUAUCUCUUCUUUUGAGAAAGACGCCAAGUUUCCAACAACAGUGCAAGAUAUGUUAGAGUUACUGAUGGAAAAGGAGCAAGCUUCAGUUCCUGCUGCUCAGUGGCUUAACUGGUAUAAGGAGAGGAUGGAUGUCACAAAGCUGCUUUCAUCUCAACAGUACCUCAGCAUGAGCCAUAUGGUACACUACCGCCAACAAGCUGGCAUUCGAAUCCGAGUUGCACAAGCAUUUGGAC